AUGGCGGAGUUCUGGAUCAUCGUCUUGGGCAUAGUUAUUUCGCAAUGGCAGGAUGGCUGCGCCGUCAGUACCGAGAAAUGCUGUAGCUUUAUCAUCCUUCUUUCCGAAUGCGUCAACAAAAACGACUAUUCUGUCCCCUGGCUCAAUUAUCUGGCUGACGCGGCAACACGGUAUACUAAUGUCAAAACUGUCGAUCGUAGCCAAGCUGAGAAGCUGCUCAGACUAGGCAUGCGAAGAUGCAAGUUCUUUCUGAACGACUCGGGCCUUAGUCCCCCUCCAUUCUUCGGCCUUAGCUCUUUCUCAAUUCUUAUGAGCAUGGUUCCUGAGGUAGAAGAGCAGAUCAAAAUCAUGCGCACAAUUGCCCAGACUCUCCAGGCCUCAGACCAAGAUGUACUCAUUAGAUACAUCAAGAAGAUCCCAGAGAGAGUCGGCUUCCGGGCGUAA